GAGUCUCUCGCACAUCUUUCUCACUCUCCCACACCUUUUGACGUCUCAAACGCGUGUUUUGCAUUUGGAAAUUAAAUAGCGAAUAUCUUUAAAAAUAUGGAAGUUGCUCUAAAUCCAGUUCGUAUCCUGAAGAAUGAGGCACAGGAGGAGAAGGGAGAAAUUGCUCGGUUGUCAUCCUUUGUGGGGGCAAUUGCAAUUGGGGACUUGGUGAAGAGUACUCUCGGCCCCAAGGGAAUGGAUAAGAUUCUCGUGUCGCACGGACGCAAUGCCGGUGAGGUGAUCGUCACAAAUGACGGAGCUACAAUUCUCAAGGCUGUGGGUGUUGAUAAUCCCGCUGCAAAGAUCCUCGUGGACAUGUCAAAGGUGCAGGAUGAUGAGGUUGGCGAUGGCACCACCUCUGUGACCGUACUGGCGGCUGAAUUGCUGCGCGAAGCCGAGAAGAUGGUUGAGGGGAAAUUGCAUCCACAAACCAUUAUUGCUGGAUGGCGUCAAGCUGUGGAUGUUGCCCGGGAGGCUCUCACAUCUGUGGCGCAGGAUAAUUCUGGGGAUGCUGAGAAAUUCCGUGAGGAUCUCAUGAAUAUUGCCCGAACGACACUCAGCUCGAAGAUUCUCUCGCAGCAUAAGGAGCAUUUUGCAAAAUUAGCCGUAGAUGCUGUUCUCCGUCUUCGUGGAUCCGGUGAGCUAAAUGCAAUUCAGAUAAUUAAGAAGCAAGGCGGUACCCUGGAAGAUAGUUUCCUCGAGGAGGGUUUCCUUCUGGACAAGAAACCCGGUGUUCAUCAGCCCAAACGUGUGGAGGAUGCAAAGAUUCUCAUUGCCAACACACCCAUGGAUACGGAUAAGAUUAAGGUGUUCGGGUCACGCGUACAGGUGGACUCAAUGUCGAAGAUUGCCGACCUGGAGGUGGCUGAGAAGGAGAAGAUGAAGGACAAGGUGAAUAAGAUUCUCGCACACAAUUGCAAUGUCUUCAUCAAUCGGCAACUCAUCUACAACUACCCAGAGCAAUUAUUCGCUGAUGCCGGUGUAAUGGCCAUUGAGCAUGCAGAUUUUGAUGGAAUUGAGAGGUUGGCUCUUGUAACUGGCGGGGAAAUUGUCUCAACAUUCGAUCAUCCGGAACUCGUCAAAUUCGGCCACUGCAAAGUCAUUGAGCAGGUGAUGAUUGGCGAAGAUGUUCUCCUACGCUUCAGUGGAGUCAAGCUCGGUGAAGCCUGUUCAAUUGUCAUCCGUGGAGCCACUCAGCAAAUUAUCGAUGAAGCAGAUCGUUCCCUGCACGAUGCUCUGUGCGUCCUGGCGGCCACGGUGCGUGAAUCAAAGACCGUCUACGGUGGGGGUUGCAGCGAGGCCCUCAUGGCGGGUGCAGUUCAGGCAAAAGCAGCUGCUACCCCGGGAAAGGAGGCAAUUGCCAUGGAAGCCUUUGCCAGGGCUCUCCUGCAGCUGCCGACAAUCAUUGCGGACAAUGCGGGCUACGAUUCGGCACAGUUGGUGUCUGAAUUGAGAGCCGCCCACGCUCAGGGGCGUCACACGAUGGGUCUGGACAUGGAGAAGGGGCGCACGGGAUGCAUGAAGGAGUUGGGUAUCACUGAAUCCUACGUUGUUAAGCGACAAGUGCUCGUUUCAGCGGCUGAAGCAGCAGAAAUGAUCCUCAGAGUGGACAAUAUCAUUAAAUGCGCUCCAAGGAAACGCGUUCCAGAUCGUGGAUACUGCUAAACUUCUCCUGGAAAGCUUCCAGAAGAGAUCUCCACGUGUCUUUUUUUAAAAUAUUUCCACGUCGCUUCAGUGUUUGAUUCAUUUAAUUUUUUUUUCACAUCUCUAAUAAUUAAAUAAUGCUUUUCAGUAUAAAAAAUAUAAUUAAUAAAUGAUUUACCAGUA